AAAUGCUUAAGACACUAAAGCCGGACACAUACGCCGGCAUACCGAAUGCCAAAUGCGGCGAGGUUUAUUUCCAGAGCCCAACGAGCUAUCGCAUUGAUUGUGCCUUCUGCGAUAUUAAAAGCUUCAUCUUUAUGGAUUUUCUGCUGCACAUCAAGAACGAGCACUUUGAGAAUGGACUGCUAAAGACAGAGAUGCUGUUGCCUAAGCAGGAACAAUUGGAUACGCAGCCAACCAGUAGCUUCUCCUGGUAUGAGCUGGCGACAAAUGAUGAUGAUGACGAGAACGAUAGUGAUAGUGAGCAGCCGCAACCGCAGGAGGAUGAACCAGAAGUGUCAAAAGUGGAGCAAGACGAUGCAGCUCAUACAGAAGAUCCUGUGGCUAUUAACAGCAUCAUGAAGUGGCAACGAGAGACACGUGCAACGAAAGUGGACUACAAUGAGGAGUCGGAGGCGGAGUCGGAGCAUGAGCAAAGCGUUAACAAACUGGCCUGCAAGCAGUGCAAAAAGACAUAUCAAAGCAAAAAGACGCUGGAACGUCAUAUGGAGCGACAACAUAACAACGAACAUGCCUACAGUGAACCUGAAGAUGAGACACCGAAGCCAAGCUUGGAGUACAGAUGCGAGCAUUGCGACAAGGUCUACCAAGGCAAAUACACGCUGCGCCAGCAUUUAAGACGCGACCACACAAGUUCUAAUCCGGCGGAGGUCUGCAUCUGUCUGGAAUGCAAUGCGCAAUUGCCACGUCUGCGCCAGCUGGAUGAGCAUAUGCUGCGAGUACAUGGCGGUGCAGCAUGCGUCGUCUGCUCACGUCGCUACAAGACACGCCAUGAGCUCAAACGCCAUCAACUAAAGCACACAAGCGAACGCAAUGUGCCCUGCACGCAUCCAGGCUGCGAGAAACGAUUCUUCACCCUGCGCCACAUGCGCAAUCACAGCAAGGUGCACUCUGAGCAAAAGAACUUUGUCUGCGAGAGCUGUGGCUACAGCUGCCGCAAUAAAGAGACGCUACGCGUCCACCUGCGCAGUCAUACGGGCGAGCGUCCUUUUGGCUGCAAGGUCUGCGAUAAGCGCUUCCCUUCGCAUUCCGGUCUGCGCGAGCAUAUGGCCAUGCACUCUACCGAACGCCCGCAUGUCUGCAAUGUAUGCGGCGCCACAUUCUCCCGACAGAAGGGUCUAUAUCAUCACAAGUUCCUGCACACUGCCACCAAGCAGUUCGUUUGCAAGCUCUGCGGCAAUGCCUAUGCCCAGGCAGCAGGACUAGCUGGGCAUAUGCGCAAGCAUCGCAACGAUCAGCUUAGUGGCAUCUAGUAUAGACUACAUACAUAUUAUUGGUUAAAGCCAUAAAUCUUGUAUCUUCCAUUUAAGUAAGCUGUUUCUAUCAGAAACC